UCCACGCUUCCUUCAUUCGCUGAGAGCCGGGGAAGGACCGAAGGCACUUGGAGCAGAGCGAUUGAAAGUAAAUUUGUUUCGCAAACAGAAAGUUGUCAAUCUGUCCUCGCCAGUCCCUCCAGGACUCCAUCCAACAUGAAGCCAGGCCUGGCACCUGUCCUGCUGACCCUCGCACUUGCGAGUGUAGUUACCUGGGCCACACCUGAAUCGAAGGAGGAGCGAGCGGAAGAAGCGGGCAAGUCGCACGCUGAGGGCCUGCAGUCACCGAUGCACCUGCAACUGCUGCUGCGGCAACUUACACAGCCCGGCAAAGGAUGCCCUCAGUAACGAGCAGGUUCACGGGGUCAAGGGCAUGCUUCAGGAUGGCAAGGUCAUUCCUGAGGCCGGUGACCUGGCCGGAGGUCAAGUGGAGAAGCGCAAUCUCGACACGCUAGGAGGCUUCCAAGUUCACGGCUUUAAGCGAGACGGCGACACCGACGAGGUAUCAUCCAUCGAAAACGAGGACAACGACAACGAGGAGAAAAGGACAUUUGAUACUCUUGGGGGCAUGAACGUUCAUGCGUGGAAACGAGGCUUCGAUGAUCUCGGAGGCAUGAAUGUUCAUGGAUGGAAACGAGGCUUCGACGAUCUCGGAGGCAUGAACGUUCAUGCUUGGAAACGAGGCUUCGAUGAUCUGGGAGGCAUGAAUGUCCAUGCAUGGAAACGAGGCUUCGAUGAUCUCGGAGGCAUGAAUGUCCAUGCAUGGAAACGAGGGUUUGAUGAUCUUGGAGGAAUGAAUGUUCAUGGAUGGAAGCGAGGCUUGGACGAACUCGGAGGCAUGAAUGUUCACAGAUGGAAACGCGGCUUGGAUGACCUAGGUGGCAUGAAUGUUCAUGGAUGGAAGCGAGGUUUUGACGAUCUUGGCGGCAUGAAUGUUCAUGGAUGGAAAAGAGGCUUCGACGAUCUCGGCGGCAUGAAUGUUCAUGGGUGGAAACGAGGCUUCGACAAUCUUGGAGGCAUGAACGUUCAUGGCUGGAAACGAGGCUUCGACGAUCUUGGAGGCAUGAACGUUCAUGGAUGGAAACGAGGCUUCGACGAUCUUGGAGGCAUGAAUGUUCAUGGCUGGAAACGAGGUUUUGACGAUCUCGGCGGCAUGAAUGUUCAUGCCUGGAAGCGAGGGUUUGAUGAGCUCGGAGGCAUGAACGUUCAUGGAUGGAAACGAGGCUUCGAUGACCUUGGUGGCAUGAACGUUCAUGGAUGGAAACGAGGCUUCGAUGACCUUGGUGGCAUGAACGUUCAUGGAUGGAAGCGAGGCCGUGAGACAGAUGACGCAACAGAUUUGCAAAAACCGAGCCCUCAGCAAGCAGCGGAGGAGUAGAUACUUCAUUUAUUUCGCGAUUUGAGUGCGUCAAGCUCUACUGUGAGGCGACUAUAUUAUGCACGAUCACCUUUCUAAAAAAUGUUAGAUACCAGAAAGACAGAAAGAAACAAUAAAAAAAAGACAGUUACAAAAGAACUUUAGCUUUCAGAUCGUCAUCUAACGCUGUGUCAGGAAUACCACUUGAGAUUGCCAAGUCAUAUUGCAAUGUUGAAUGAAAGUGCUGAUUGGUUCGAAAAUGUUCAUAAAUAAAGUGUUUAGCACUUCAAA